AUGAAAGAUCUUAGCCUAAUAAUAAGAUGUCAUUGCAACACCAUAAGUAUUAAGGUCAAACCCUCCUAUAUGGAGAGCUUUACCUUUUCCACUCAACUACAUUUUCAUGCUCUAAACAAAUCACUCAUCGAAUACCCUCUCUCAUUACCACUAACCACCGCCAAACCCUUCCUUUUGCUGAAGCGGCCAUCACCAGAGCCACCACCACCACCAGUUGUUUUCACACCUUCAAAGUUGUCAACCAUCCGUUCAUCUCCAAAGCUCCUUAUGCUGAUGUAG